UUCAUCAUUGAGAUUUUACACACCUUCGAGCCCAAAAUAUCUGUCGCAGAGGCACGAAUCGACAACCCCGAGUCAAAGUCAUACGACUCUCAAAAUGGCAAUAGACACGCAGUCUGCUGUUUCGCAGCCGGUCCAGAGCAAUUUCCCCCACCAACGCCUCACAUUACACCAAAGCGAUGCCUCGAGAACCCCACUCGUAUUGAUAGCAUGUGGCUCCUUCUCCCCUAUAACCUACCUACACUUGAGGAUGUUCGAGAUGGCGUCAGAGUAAACACAGUUAUGCUAACAUCCCACUCUAGUACAAAUUCAACAACAAAAACUUCGAGAUCAUGGGGGGUUAUCUCAGUCCAAGUACCUGCUAAGAUUUGUCUCUUGGCGGGUGCAGAUCUUGUCCAAACUAUGUCCACACCAGGCGUCUGGAGUAGUGAUGAUUUGGAUCAUAUUCUUGGAAUGUAUGGUGCUUGCAUCAUUGAACGAGAAGGAACCGACAUCGAUGAUGCUCUCUCGAGUCUUCAAAAUUACAAAGACAAUAUUCAUGUUGUCAAACAACUCAUCCAGAACAACGUAAGCUCGACUAAGAUUAGGCUCUUCUUACGAAAGGAGUUAAGCAUCAGAUAUCUGAUUCCAUCGCCGGUUAUCAAUUAUAUCGAGGAACAUAACCUGUAUCAAGAGGACGGAAUAUCCUCGAUGAAGGAAAAAGGAAAUGCAGAAGCCACGCAAAAUUCGGGCCGGACAUCACCAGCAAUCGGCAGUUCUGGAUCUAGAAACCACAUAGACAAGGCCUCGUGA